AUGAUGCCGGACGCCUUUGGAUGCUUCUUCAACAUAACAGAGCUCGUCGACCAUUUGACACCAUACCUCGCCAAGAACGACAUCUCGAAACUCGCCCGCACCUGCAGGAAGAUGCACACGCGGUGCACCCUUUCUCUCUUCAGGACUCUGUUGGCUGAUGAUGGCUCUAUUCCCAGACUGUUCACAUCUACCCCAGCCUUGCUCGCUCUUUCACGGAACAGUCAGCAUGUCAGGGAGUUGAACCUUUAUCUGUACGAUCUCGUCUUCUACUACAACUGCCUCCUUACUUUCCAGGAUAUGAACUCACAUCUCUCGAACACACCACCAACACGACCCCCUUGGCUGCCGCCACCCGACAUCCACGCCUAUCAGUUGGUCGCCUUACCACCCAUGACCCGCCUGUCGCGACUCUCUUUCCAUUCCCAUCGCACAAACUACCCCCUUCCCCCUUACAAGUUGCCAAGCGCCGACAACAGUGGAGGGACAUUGGCCCAGUUGACUUUGUUGAUUUCUCUCAGCCCGCGCCUGACCUCUCUUUCACUGCAGGAAGUCUCGAUUGCAGACAUGGCCGAAUGUCGACGCCUAGAAGACGUCAUAGCUAAACUGCACGCGAUAAAGAAACUGGAACUUUCGAUUGAGUCUGAGGUCAACAUGAGGUUCGCUAUUUUUUCUCGGCUUUUCUUCAGCUGUCCCUCGUCCCUCCAGCGCCUUCGCUUGUACUUUCCUGGGCGUUCGACUGAUGAGGAUGAGAGAGGAAACGUAAUAGCGGUGCCACGAAAGCAGGAAGCGUUAAUCAACCUGAGGGAGCUGUUGAUUCGGGGCAUUCACGAUUGGAACUCGGCUACCGACAUUCGCUCCAUUUUCGCACAUUGUCCCAACAUCAACAAACUGUCUCUGUCUGUCGUCAUGGGACAUCAGGAGACCGACGAGAUCGAGCAGUUCAUCAGCAAGCACUGUCCCAGGAUCGAGUCGUUGGAUUUCUGUGGUUACUACAUGGAUUCGGUCGAGCCUUUCCCUUUCCGGAUCAUGGGGUCGUUGCCUCCUCAACAAAUCACCGAGUUUGUGUACCGUGGAGCUCUUCCCUAUGACAGCAAGUUCAAGACUGACGUGGCGUUCCAAAGGCACUCGACGACGUUGCGAUCAAUUAUCAUCAGUGGACAUGGCAUUCUCCCGCAGGCUUUGUUUCCAAUGAUUGUCAAGGAAUGCUGUAACUUGGACGAGCUUCUCAUCGGAUUCGGACGUUGCUCGGAUUCUCACAUCACUUUCGACGACGCUUUGCAGACCCCUUGGGCCUGCACCAAGUUGACUUCCCUCGCCCUCGGGAUCAGUGGAUGUGAGCUGCCCGUCGAGCCCGGGGUCAAGCCAUACUACCAUCGCCCAACCCCGAUCACACUUACCGAGGUCGAGGCGCAACACUUUUCUCGACUGGAGUUCUUGUACCGACAGAUCGGCUCCUUGACGGCUUUGCGGGAGCUGGAUUUGGCAAUGGUUCCUCCCGACGAAGGUCUAGACGGUAUGUUGCUGGUGCACAAGUCGAGCACGUCGUUCCCUGCCAUGCUCAGUAUCAGGAACACCUCGACAAACCGACCAGGAUUUCUACACCACCUCUCAGGAUUGAAGCAGCUGAAAGCACUUCACGGUUCGUUUCUGAAGGAUCGCCUCAAGUUUAACCAGCUUUGGCAGAUCUGGGAUGCUACAGAAGGAGCCUCGACAUCCGAGAUCAUGUCCGUUUUUGCCACAUUGCUCCAACAUCUGGAGACUUGA